AUGAUAAUAACGACAUCAGUAAUUGAUCGUACACAUAGAACUUCACCGGAAACUCUGAUACAUGUUGAAAAUAGUCAACCUGUUUAUUUAUCUCACACUGAAGAAAAAGAAGAUUUUACUGAAAAAUCAAUUGAUUUACAUUCGGUGGAUGAACAAGAUGACUUGUUCAUAUUUACAUGUUUAAGUGAUAACCAAAAUCCAACAACAAUAUAUAUCGGUGGCAAGGAACUUAUGACAACUUACUCUAUAGAAACAUCAAAUUCGUCCACUUCAUCAUCACCAAUUGAUCGUCCACUUGUUAUUCAUACUUCAUCCCCAGAAGAACAAGUAAUAACAUCACCUUUACCACUUUUGAACGACAACUUAGUAGAUGCCGUAGACAUCAAACAUCAUUAA